AUGGACAUCGUAAGCCAGUUAGGUCAGAACCACCGCCAGAGCCAGACCAUCCUCCGUCGUACCACCACCAAGGCUACGAUGAUUCUGUUGGCCACUCGUCAUGGCACUCCCAUUCCCAACACUGGUCCUCCUCCGACCAGUACAAUGAUGAUGAAUGGGUCCACCUCACGUCCACUCACUGAAUUCUCCCAACCCACCAAAUCCAAGAAAGCCUCAACAUGGGACGCACGAUCAACAGCUUCCACAUCGGUCCCAGCGGGCAUGGUCCGACUGUCGGUGAAGGACACCACCAAACAAGAGUGGAUUGCUGAUGUGAAAUACUGCCUUGAUCAUCCAUAUCGGAUGCGGGCCUUCAAUGAGCUCACCGACAGCGAACGUCCCGUAAUCCACAGAUUAGUGGAUGAGGAUGAACACCAGGCAUUUUGUGACCUUCUAAAGGAAUUUGACGAUUCUAUUCCAGAUUGGGUGAUUCAGGAAGCUGCUGCCGUCAUGGGGUCGGUGCAACUUCACACGGAAAUCAAUGCAGAUAUGCUCAAGAUUCUUGAGAUCCCAAAGACCUCACACAAAGCAUUGCUCAUCAAGGUCGAUGGUCUUUCCCGCUUCCCACAACCUGAACCCUUCAAGAAACAGGAAUCGUCUGACGAGCAUGGAGACUAUUAUCGGCGCAGCGAGUACUACCGACGCCACCAAGAUCGUGAACCGGACGCGUCAGAACCAGAUUGGUCGGCCAACAACCAAUGA